AUGUCUCUCAUUGAAUUCUGUCCUCAGUUGGAGCGCACUUUCAUUGCAAUCAAGCCUGACGGGGUUCAGAGAGGUCUGGUGAGUGCUCUGAUGUCAAUUGUUGUUGGAUCAGAUGGAAAUAUCAAUUUCUACUUUGGUCCGAACCUUUUUACGUAAAUUCAAUUUGAUAUGCUUUUAUCCAAAUUUUCUUCUGUGUAAAAUGGGUGAUGAUGAGAAAAUCCAAGUAAUUCUAAAAUUGUUCGAGAUUGAAAACAUUUAUCUACUGAAAAUGAAGAUAUGCGUUCGAUAAAUUUAUUUCAGAUUUCUCUGUUAAUCUUCGGUAGUUGUGCCCUUCAGAUUGCAGAGAUCAUAUCACGCUUUGAGCGGAAAGGAUUCAAGCUGGUGGCCAUUAAACUUGUUAUCCCCUCCAAGGACUUUGCUGAGAAGCAUUACCAUGACCUCAAGGAGAGGCCUUUCUUCAAUGGUCUAUGCGAUUUCCUCAGCUCGGGCCCUGUCCUUGCAAUGGUGAGUGUAAUGGCUGCGCCUCUCUUCUGGUUGAUGAACGAUCUUUUGUUUCUCAGAGAAGCAAAAAAACAUAAUUCAGGUUUGGGAAGGCGAGGGGGUCAUAAAAUACGGAAGAAAGCUUAUUGGUGCCACCGACCCACAGAAAUCAGAGCCAGGAACCAUAAGAGGCGAUCUUGCUGUUGUUGUCGGAAGGUAUGUUUUACCUAAUUCACUAGCCCACUUUUUCUUUUCACUUCAUUCGAGGCUAUACGUUUAGUCCCCUUCAAUUCUGUCAAAUGAUUCUCAAUUACUCUCUUAUGCGUCACGUGGAGAGGUUCAGCUUUUUUAAAAAUUAAAUUGAAUGCAACUUGCACGAAUCUGUAUUAAUUCUGUCAAAAUAAGCUUCAUAUACUCAUGAUUAAGCAGAGAUGCUGAUAAUUUUUUUUUCUAAAUUCAGUUCCGCAUAUUUAGAUCCGUAUUUAAUUCCAUCAUAGUUUGUUCUUUAGAUCAUUUUAUUUUACUAAAUUCAAUGCUAGAUUUUAUGCAUAAAUUCCUGUUAAUUCUAUCAAAAUUAGCUUCAUAUUCUCCUCGCGAUUACUGAGAUUAUUGACUUUUUUUUCCCACCAAACUCUCUUAUAAUCCCAUCAAUUGCAUCCAAGUUCUGUAGGUUCUUUUCUAUUUCACCAUAUUCAAUACUAUAAUCACAUAUCGGUAUUAAUCAUAUAAAAAUAAUUUCUUAUACUUAAUUUUCAAUUUUAUUAAUUCAAUCCUAUAUACACAGAUCCGUAUUAAUUGUGUCAAAACUAGUUUUACAUCCUUUUUUAUUAUCUGAACACUAAAGUUUUCAUUUUUUUAAUUUCAGAAACAUAAUUCACGGAAGUGAUGGGCCAGAAACAGCGAAAGAUGAGAUCGGCCUCUGGUUUGAGCCCAAGGAGCUGGUCUCUUACACCAGCAACGCUGAGAAGUGGGUUUAUGGAGUCAAUUGA